CGCCAUUAUUCUAGCCAUUCUAGCAGAGCGUUCGAGGGUUGCUUGGGUUGCUGUUGGUUUGCGAGUGAGUUUUGUGAUGCAUUCUCAUCGGAGACGCGUACCGUCGCACGAAUUCACCGGUCUCGAGCACGCACUUUCGAGGACUUAAAGGUUUGGUGAUGCCGCCACCAUCGUCAACGAAUCUCUCAUGGCGGCCCAAGGGCCGUGGGAGCCGCCACCACCGUGACAGCGGUGGGAGUGGUGGCAGUGGCAGGAGCACAGGAACUGGUGGCCAGCAGAGACUCUUCCGCAGCCGAGAGUAUGGCUCGCGGGUGCUUGGCAGUCUGAGUGAACUGCGUGAGAGUGGCAUGUUGUGUGAUGUGACUCUGCAUGUGGACGGCGAGAACUUUGCACUGCACCGAGUGGUCCUCGCGGCGAGCUGCCCAUACUUUGCGGCCAUGUUCCAUUCUGGCCUGGCAGAGUCGGAUCGCGGCACAGUCGAGAUACGGGGUGUGUCAGCGACCAUUACAGAUCUGCUGCUUGGGUUCAUAUACACUGGUGAGAUCCUGAUAACACGGGACAACUGCCAGGACCUGCUCGCAGCUGCCAAUAUGUUCAGGCUAGCAGAUGUCGUUCAGGCAUGCUGCGACUUCCUUCAAAGGGAACUGCACCCUUCCAACUGUGUGGGUAUCUUUCGCUUCGCUGAAAUGCAUGCGUGCACCAACCUGAAGCUGGAGGCCAAGCGCUUCAUCGAGAGGCGCUUCACCGAGGUCAUCAAUGAGGAGGAAUUUUACGAGCUGCCCACAGAGACACUGCGCCACUUUCUGAAGAGUGAGGGGCUCAGCAUCGACAACGAGUUUCAGGUCUUCGAUGCCACCAUGAAGUGGAUCUUGCACAACGUGGAAGAGCGGCGCGUGCUGUUUUUCGAUGUGCUGGAAGCCAUCCGGUUCCCGGUGAUCUCGCGCAAGCAACUGGAGCAGUAUGCCGAUACUUGCCCCGACAAAGAGCUGCACGAGGCUUUGCUCAAGUUGGUCCAGGACCUCAAGCCAGACCGGAGGCUCUGCAUCGAUGGAAAGAGCAGUCAGGUCCAAGUGGUGGACGUGCAGCAGCAGCCACGCAUGUGUGCUCGCAAGAGUGUCUACAUCCUGGGUGGCUGUCAUCGGCAUGCGGGCAUGCGCUUUGGUGAGGGCUACAGCCUGGCCAGCGUCGAGCGCUUUGACCCCGCACGGGGCCAGUGGGCGGGCUCACUCGCUCCCAUGGCCCACCCGCGGUCUGGGCCAGGGGCCGCAGCACUCAACCAGCUGGUUUAUGUCGCGGGUGGUGAGAGCGAUUGCCUGAUCCUCGACAGUGCCGAAGUGUUCGACCCUGUGGCGAACCGCUGGGAUUCCAUCACACCUAUGGUUCAACCUCGCUGCAUGAUGGGGAUGUGCGCCUUGGAUGGCUUCCUGUAUGCCGUGGGAGGCUGGGUGGGUGCCGAGCUUGGUGACACUGUAGAGAAGUACGACCCUGAAUUGGACACAUGGCAGAUAAUCAGCCGGAUGACGAUUGGCCGCUAUGCCAUGGGGGUGCUUGCCCACGAAGGGCUUAUCUAUGUCAUUGGUGGAUACAAUGACCUCAACUGCGAGCUUGCACUUGUUGAAUCGUACAACCCGGUCACCAAUGAGUGGCAGACACUGGCUCCACUGCGGAAGCGUCGUGCCUACGUAGGUGUGGCAGUCCUGCACGACCACAUCUAUGCUGUUGGCGGCAGCAGUGAUACUUCCUCUGCACUCAACUCAGUUGAGCGCUACUCUAUUGAAGAGAACCGUUGGACGGAGCUCCCCCAAAUGAGUAUGGCACGCGUGGGUGCAUCCGUGGUGGGUGUCAAUGGCCGCCUUCAUGUGAUGGGCGGUCGACGUCCCUCAGGUUACGAGCGGCCCUUCGCAGUCAGUGGGCCCCCGCUCACGCUGGAGACAGCCGAGACCUACGACCCUGAGGUCAGCAUGUGGUCCAAGGCAACGCCCAUGCCGCUCAGCCGCUGCUAUGCUGCCGCCGUUGUCGUAUGAGCGCUGCUACGAGCAGUCGUGAGCGACCCAGCAAGAAGCUAUGGACCUGACUUCCUUCUCAGCUGUCUCCCUCACUAUCAUUUCCUUUUGUGUUGCUGUUUGUUCCUUUGGUUUGUUAUGCCUGCUCGUUGGUUGUGGUAGAAAGAGCCAUUUCUGAUGAGCGUUUCUGUUACAGACGGGUGCUUUUGCAUGUUUGUUUGUUUUGCUCUCUUUCUCUUCUGCUACAAACCUAAGCAAGUGCUAAAAACCUAGUUUGCUCCCUGCACAGCCAUUCAUGGGAGCUUUUUGAAAUGUGGAAAUCUUGAAAUAAGCUAAGAUCUCUUGCUGCCCAAGCAGGCAGCUGUUUGAUUCAAGGGCGAACACUGUGUACAGGUUAAUCCUCCUACUGGCAUUUGCACCUCAGAGUCUCCUGCCCCAUCCUCCCGUUGAGUGGCAUCCCGUCACCACCUGAGCAAGAAAAAAAAGAGUGGGAAAAUCGAAUGAUGUUGCUGGUCGUGGAUACAUCACCACCCCCCCUUCCGCAUCUUCUCCUGCAUGUUAAUGGAAACCAAUCUCAAAGGCUAUGUUCUUGCGUACUUCAGGCACUGAAAGCAAUCGCAGGUGCUAGGAAAAUGUCAUGGCAGCUAUGUUUUAAACGUAACCCAUUGUCUUGUGCAUGUUCAUGGCUUCUCUUGAUGUACAUUGCCUUGCAUUCUUGACCUGUAUGCUAAAAAAUGGUAUCCUUGUCUUGAAUGAAGUGGUGCUGGUUGAACAGUAGGCACAGAAUUUUGAUGUUGCCAGAAGAGUGUCUUGGUCGUCCUUGCCUUUUUAUUUUUGUGAUGCAAAAGCCUGAAAAGAAAGCUAGCAAGACGUGUGGCAGAAUGAGAUGAUCUUGCAACUCUGAUGUGAAAGAGUUGAGCAGCAGCUGAUAUGCAAGCAGUGAAUGUUGCAACAUAUGUUCAUGUACAUGAAAAUAUGUGUAAAGAGAAAAGUCAGAAUAGAGAGUUUUAGUUUGUCUGGAGACAUAUUAAACUUCACUGAAAACUUAGUUACCAGAGACGUCAACUGCAGCACCAAUGCUGGUAAUGACAUCCUGUGAUGCCUUAUCAAACAAAAAUGCAUAAAACACAUUUUUGUGUUACUUUCACAGAAAAAUAAAUAAGGCCACGUGAUAAUGAGCAAGUCGUUGCUUAAAAUUUACACCGGCAAUUAAGUAGAACAUACGUGGUUAGUGCAAUAAUAGCUGUGUGGCCUCGGUCUUAAGCUCUGCGCCACUUGACGGCGGUACCAAUAUUACCACUCACAUUUACGUCUAUUCUUCGAAGGGCAGUGUGUUUAUGGACAAGCUGAAACUCCCUAAUUAAACACGUUCUGAGUAGUGAGAAACGCUUGUGCCAAAAAAAGCCCAUGUGUGCAAGCGACGUGUGGUUGAAGUCGCUUGCAUUAAGGCUGUGCUGUAGUGUUAUUGUGCGUGUGUUCUGAACUAGUGGUUGUGCUUCGAAGGUUUGUUGGAAUUCAUAUGCCCAACGCAAGUGCUUACAAAUGUCAAAUGCAGGGUGUUAAAUUCUUGCAACUGAUUGUCCCAUGUAUUUGUGUGGUGGUUUAACAUUUCCCAAGAGUUGACUGUGAGGCAAAGCAUAGUUACAGGUGGAUGUCGCUCAUGAAAGAAUGCCACACCAGAUUUUCACAUACAUGCCUUAUCUUGAUGCUUCUUUUUAACUAAAUUGAAUGUACAGCAGAUCUACCCUUCAGCUGAAGUAGUCUCAUUUCUUCAGUAACAUGCCUCGGUGAUCAUUAUGCUAUAAUCUUGCAUUGGCAUUUCCUAUGCCCACUUGAAGGUGCAUUUCUCAAACAUCAUUUUGUUACAGGAACAAUCGAAGAGUAUUAAUUUAUUUAAUGCAGUGUCUAAUUCACUUGGGCAGUGCUGCCCUCAUAAUGAGGCAUUUUUCUGUGCUGUCGUGGAAAUGGGUUUCUCAAACAACCCCUUGUCACGUGAAUUGAUGAGGAGUUUUAUUUACAUGUAGUGAUUACCUUGCUUGGAUAAGCUUAGAAGGCGUGUCAAGUUGGCAUGUUUGUGAAGAUGGGAGUUGGGCUCUGACAUGUUUUUAGCGAAGUGAUUUGAAAAGCAGCCAGUGUGAUAAGGCAGAAUGCUCUGAAGAGUGACUGCGUUGAAAGAUUGCAACAGAUUGUGUUAUCUUGUUUUGGGCUUAUGGGAAAACAGCAUUUGUGUGUAGGGGAAUUGGUUGAAGCACUGUUCAACAGGGGGCAUGUCCGAAAAUGCACAUCAUGUGGCGUACUUGACUAAUUCACAUAUUUCCAGUGACCAUUUUUCACCAUCUAACCAUUGUUUCAAUGUUAUCGCUCGGCGUAAGGUGCGCUUAAACAUACCCGAAAUUUCCAUAGUGAUAUUGCUGAUUCGAUAGCAAAAGAGCGUUAUCCAAUCAGAUUCAGUGUGUGACACAAAUGGUGGUGUACGUUAUGUCACCUGGCUUCUUUCUGGCCUGCUUUCGCAGUUUAUGCCUUAACAUGGAGUUUAUUUUUUCUCUAACAUUCAACUAUGAAGUCAGUUUAAACAUUGUGGGUGCCUUUUCUGCUUUCAGAAGGAUGGAUUUAGAAAGCUUGUGGUUUUUGACUUGUUCCGUAAGGAGUCUCCCAGAAUAGCAGAGUACCUUAAAACAAAAAACUUGCUUUCUACUUUUGGUUAUUUGUAUUAGAAAUAGUUAACAUUCAUUAGUUAAAGCUUGGCAGGACGUGAGACGUUGGCCCAAAUGAUCUGACAUUUGAAUUAAAAGAAACAUUUAUAAGAUACAAGCACCUUUUGAGAGCUUUGAAAGUUCAGCUAAGAGGUCUAAUUAACCUAAAAGUUUUGAAAUAAUGGAAGUGAACAGUGUUGUCGCUGCUGUUUGUGCAUUGUUUGAAAUGGUCACUGCUCAACGGUGAAGUGAUUUAGGUGCUCAGUCUUGAGCAGGCAGCACACUCCAGUCAGUAUGCAAUGUGAUGGACCCAGUCCUAGGGAGUGCCAUGAUGCAGUUAGUCAGGAGCUAGAGUGAAGGUUUUUGCAGAUGGCUUUAUGCAGUGUAGACGGAAAGCGCUUAGGAAAGUGUGCGCCCAAUGAUUGCUUUAAAGAAUGGUGAAUUAAUGACGAAUGCUUUACCCGCUGAGGUUUCUAGAAGGAUGGCAAGGUUGUAUGCCGUGGUUAGAGAUUCAUGUGCUUCACUUUGUAGAGCUUGUACAAAAUAUAUGAAUUCAGGUGAUGCUCAUAAAUGCAAGAAACACGUAUUUAGCUACUGGCAACACCAAUUCUGACAAUGUUGCACAAAAAAAAUGUUAUUGUACAAGAGUGCUUGCAUAUUGUGCAAUAAGAGAUGUUUUUGAAUAUAUUGAACAUAACGGUCUUAUCUUCUGUGAAGUUGUAACUAAAUCCAGAGCACAUUUUACCUUUUUUUCUGAUGUUCUGUUAUGUACUCUUGUGGCAUGGUGGUGACCGUAUGCCUAGUCUGUCUGUCUGCCUGAAUUUUGCUUGCUUCAAGGAAGCCAACUUCUCACUAUGUCACUUGACAAGUUUCCUGAUGUCACCACCUCGUGUGAACCACCCCAUGUGACCUACAAGCAUACCUUGGUCAUUUAGUGUAAAAUCCCGAGAGACAGCUCCCCUAAAAUUGAGAGAAAAUUGAGUGAAAAUAUGGGGUGGGCUAACUUUCAGUGUGGUGAGUAACUGUCAAGCGGGUAACCUUCAGUUUUUUAUGCCGGGAGCUUAGUCGGUGGUGGGGUUGUCUUUCGGAGGUGGGGCAUCUCGGUAUUUUACGGUAGUGUUUCAGAAACAUAUGGUUGAAUUCUGCUUGUGAUAUGUGUAUUUUAUCUCUAUCUUAAUCAUCACUGUUGUCCUAGACUUGUGUGUUGGAACUGUGUUUCUAUUUCUGACCUUCCUACUUUCAUUGCAAAAAUGUCACCAGUGUGUUGAAUAAGAAUGUUGCUUUCAGGAUCGAUUCAUUAUUUUGCUGGAUAGUUACCCAGCACUAACUGCCUCCUCUUGCUGCGAAAGCUUCUUCACCCAAGCUUUGCCUAGCAUUUUAUGUUUGAGCUCCCAAUUCAACUUCUGUUUGCCUUAUCCUCUGUAAAAUCGUAUGCCCUUCAGGGUGUAAUUUUGUCACAGAACAGUAAUCUUCAUCAAUCUUGUGUGUGCUUCCAUUAUUAUUUAAAACUGUGUGCCUCUCCUAUCGGGCAUGCCAUGCAUUUCUUAAGCUUCUCAAAGAGCUUCUGAUAGCUAAAUAGCUAGCGUAUACACAGUGGGAAAGGAAGGAAAUGCUCAAAAUCUAUGAUUGAUGGUGAUUGUCAUGUGAUUUAUUGUACUUUGCACCUUUUAGGGUGCAAUUUGUCACACAAAGGUGCAAUUUGACAAAUGAAACAAAGGGUAAAUCUUCACCUAAACAUGCAAUCUUUUUGUGACAAAAUUAUGCCCUAUAGGGUGUAAUUUGUUGCAGUCUAAGGGUGUGCAAGUUUCAAUGUAUUUUUCUAGUCUCUCUGUGAUGGUUUUUGCCAAGGCAAAGCAUAUAUCAAUGCAAACUAAAACAUGUGAUGACUCCAAGAAUGUGUCUUGCUUUUCCCUUGUGUGUUAUGCCAUGGGCAGCUUUCGUAGUUAAUUCUGUACAUCUUUAAGUAGUAGCACUUUGUCUUGUCAGCUAGUGUCUGCUAACGCUGCCUUCCUCAUAUAUCCAAUGAAAGUGCUGGCUGCGCUCGAUAGUGGUCUGUUUCUGUUUUGGCAUCGCAUGUUUGCGUCUUGCUUGUUCACUCUGCUGACGUCUCUUUUGUUUUUUAUGAUCACUACAGUUAUGUGAAAUUCUCGUGAGCAUGCUUCAGAAGCAUUUAAGGUGUAACAGCUGGGUGACACUUGCUAAAAGAGCUGAAAACCACUUCACUACAAUUGUGUGUGUGUUUUUUUUAUUUCUUCAUUGUAAUGAUUUGUUCUGAGUGGAAAGUUUCAGGCUUUGUUAUAACAAUACAGUAUUUUAUAUAAACAGGUGCACUGUAUCCAGGUUAGGUUGUUGUACGGCCUAUUUGCCUGUGUAUUUUGUCAUGUCUGUUGCUGCUCACAAAUGUGUAUGUACUUCUUUGCUUGUGAAAAGAAAAAAAAAAUGGCUUAAGUGAAAGAUUUAGCUUGGUUCCAACUCUUGAUUCUUCCUAUCCAGUUGGAGUCAAACAAGUGCUAGACCAGCUUGAACUUUGUUGCAUUUAAGAGAAUACCCCCAAAUCUAAUAAGACGGGGAGCUUUUUUUUUUCAUUUUGUUUUCUUAAGCUUAAUGUUUUGUGAAAUGGGCUGAAAAUGAGAAACCUAAAAAAAAUUAUCUUUGUGCUUCUUAACCUUGCAUCAGAAACUGGUUUUGUAAUUAAAGUGAAGCUGACAGACCGCAUGAAGUGGUGCACCUUCUUGUUCUACAGUAAAAUCAUUAUUGUCACACAAGAUUUGCAGAGGCCAUAGUUGCAAAGUAUAGUCUUGUGUCGUGUCUAAUAUAUCAAAUUUGCCCACUUUAGAGAGUCUACCAGAUGCAUUUUGCUCCGUUGGGAUGUUUUUAUUGCAGAGCUAUGGAGUUGUGCAAACUUUAUGCUUCAAGCUGCCAACAGUAGCCAAAAUUGGCAUUUUCUUUUAAGUCCAAUAAAUGUAACUCAAGCAUGUUCAGCAGUUGCCAGACGUAAUCAGUUGUACAUUUCACGUGUGCAAAAGAAAGCUAGAGUUUCCUCUUAAGGAAGGUGCAUGAAUGGCCUUGGUGUAACUGCAAUGCAAGAUGGGUGCAGCUUGGAUACGCACGAUCCCAGAAUUUCGAAGCAGAAAAAUACAUGCACGUGUGCGGAUACACGCAUGAACACACGCACACAUUUGAAUACAGUGCUAUGACUUGUAAUGCUGUACUGCCUAGCAGUCCCCAUGCCUGUAUCUGUGUUUCAAGUUCGUUUUGGUGGCUGCAGUAUUCGUUCUGAAAUCUGGGAGUCAAUGAAAUCUUGGUUGCUAUCUUAUAAUGGCUAAGAAAGCAAGCUGUUCACCUGCUCUCUCUUGAUUUGUCAAAAUAAUGCUUUUGUCAGCAAAAGCAUUAUUGCACCCAUGUUGCACCCACACAUGAUUGCACCCCAUGUUGCAGUAUGCCGACUGUCAGUAGCAAAUAGAGUAUAUUGGAAUGAGUCGUCAUUUUGGUAUUUUUAAUGGAAUGUAUUACUUUAAGGAUUGUGUAUGCUACAUAAACUUAUAUAAAAAAGUAGACAGGUUCUCUCUUUUGUGUGUGUUUAUAUGUGGUACCGGUGAUUAUACUUGCAUUCUUUAAGUAGUGUACUAUAUGGUUUGUGGUCUUCUAUGCAAGGUGAUCUCUUCUAAAACAAACACAAAACUAUUUUAGUGUAAUCUGAGAACCUGCAAUACCCCUGUGCAGCUUAAGCACUUUAUUUAGUCAGUAAAUAUAUUAUAAUCAGUGUCUAGGGUUUUAAUAAAAGUACAGCAGCAUGGUUAUGCCCUAGUUUGUGUAAAUGGUUAGAAUAUUUGUAUUGUCGAACUUGAGAUGUUAUUUUCGAUGUACAUGUACACUAACUAUUCUCGUUUUAGCUGGUGUUUGAAAGUUUGCUGUAAUACUGUUGAACAACACAAUGCACUUUACAUUCAUGACACACUUUCUACUUGAUUUGCUUGAUUAACCGCAGAAAUAAAAGUGAUGAGGAAGGCUGCACCACCAGAAGGCAUAGCAGGCCCAAGCAAAUGUAAAGGUAAAUGAGGAGAGUUGAAAACCUAGAGCCAGAGAAUUUUAGCAGGGAAGGGGAAAAAAAACAAACUUGCAGGUCCCGAUUAUAGUAAUCUGAUUUGUACUAUAAGGUAUGGCUCCUCUAGCUUUUGUUGGCCUUGUAGUGUUAACAAGUCCCAUUAGGGUCACGAACAAAGAGAAUAAGUUACCUUAACCCUUCAAAGGCCAAUUUUUUUCACUAAAUGUGACCCUUCUAGGUCGAUUUAAAAUUUAUCGCAAUUUUUCUAGAGUGACCGUAAAGUGAAUAAAAAUAUUUUCCAUAGGUAAACAUGCAUUGUUUAUGCAUUAAUAAAGAUUGGCUUCCAUAAUCGUAAGAAUGAAAAGUAGAUACACUGAAACAGAUAAAUUCCGAUUUGGCACUUGCAUAAUUGUCUUCUUUGGAGGAAUUGCCGCUCGACUCACUUGCAGCACGUGAGCGAACACAAGAAAUCCCUAUGGUUAUGGUUGUGCGGCCCGUCGGGAAACCCAAGAGAUUUGGAAAAUUGCAGUAAUACUUUGUUCCGCCACCAAUGUGACACUUCUUUUUGUUUUGUUUGCAGGACCUUUUGUGUAAGAGUGCAUGCGUGGUGAAAUAUGUGAUUGUUGUUUCAUGCAUUUUUGCUGAACCCAAGAGAUUUGGAAAAUUGAUGUAAUCCUUUGUUCCGUCACCAAUGUGACACUUCUUUUUGUUUUGUUUGCAGGACCUUUUGUGUAAGAGUGCAUGCGUGGUGAAAUAUGUGAUUGCUGUUUCAUGCAUUUUUGCUGAUUGCUGCUGGAAAUCAUUCUGCAUUGUAUAGUUUACUCUCUCAAUAAUUGGUUCCAGUUUCGGCAUAGUUCCAUGAAAGUGAAUAACCAAAGUAACGUCUCGGCAUGAUUCGAAAUGUAUGGGCUAUGUUGGAUAUCGACGAAAUGAUGAACUUGCCAGCAACAAUGACCAUAACAAUUCACCAGGAAUAAUUGAUUCUUUGAAAUUGCCCUUGUGAGCACCUUGUUCUUUUUUUGUGUGUGUGCUCAUUUUCAUUUUCUGCGACCAGCGAACAUAUCUCUCGUGUGUUCUUGCAUCAUUGCAUUGAGAGAGACAGACAAAUGUGGGUGAUUUUGCACUGCCUUUUGUGUGUGCUUGUAUAAGCGUGUUGUGAGGAUGAAAAAAAAAAGUACAAAAGCUAUACUGUAAAAAAAAUAUAAAACAUAGUCUAAUAAACGGUUUUUACAAAGCCUCAA